AUGACCAGACCGGCAGUGCGAGUAAUCUUGGUGCGGCAUGGCGAGACACGAGAAAAUAAAGAAGGGAUCAUACAAGGACAGCGAAACACUGCGCUGAACGAGGUUGGCGAGGAACAGGCGAGAAUGGUCGGGGAACGGCUCAAAGCUGAGAAGAUUGACUGGCUUGUGAGCAGCGACCUGCAGAGGGCAGUCAAGGUUGGUCGCUGUAGCCGCGGGUGGAGAGGAGCUGACGGAGCGAGUUUGCAGACUGCAGAAGCCAUUCAGAUGCACCAUGCGGAUACCAAGCUGGAGACCGAUAGGGAGCUCAGAGAACGGAACAUGGGAGACAUGGAGGGCCGGCCGGGGAGGGAUCUGCGGGGAGGUCAGAUGAGCGGGGGGGAGACGGUGGGCGGGUUCCGAGGGCGGGUGGUGGGGUGGUGGAAGAGGCGGGUUGUGAUGAGGGGCGAUGGGUUGAAGACUGUGGUGGUCUGCACGCACGGCGGGGUGAUCACGACGCUCGUCGAGGCGCUGGUCGGGAGCCGACGGGCGGGGGCGGGGGCGGGGGCGGGGGCGGGGGCGGGGGUGCGCAUCACGCGCAGCUGUCCCAACGCGAGUCUCACUGUGCUCGAGGUCGGAGCAGACGGCACGGCAACCGUUCUGGUGUACGCUGAUGUCACUCAUCUCAGUCUCACUUCCGACUCCAGCGCCGACUUCCAGCCACAUACACGUGACGUCACCUAG